AUGGCCUAUGACCGCUAUGUGGCCAUCUGUAAACCACUACACUACAUGACCAUCAUGAGUCCUCGUGUGUGCUAUGUGCUGGUCGGAGGAGCCUGGGUUGGAGGGUCUCUGCACGCAACAAUACAGCUUCUCUUCAUGUACCAAGUACCUUUCUGUGGUCCUAAUAUAAUUGAUCACUUUAUGUGUGAUUUAUUUCCAUUAUUGAAAUUGGCCUGCAUGGAUACUUAUGUCCUGGGUCUCUUGGUCAUACUUAACAGUGGGGUGAUGUGUGUGGCCAUUUUUCUUAUCCUCAUUAUCUCCUACAUGUUCAUCCUCUGCUCCCUGAAGUCUGACAGCUCUGAAGGGCGACACAAAGCCUUCUCAACCUGUGGAUCACACCUCAUGGUGAUCAUGUUAUUCUUUGUGCCAUGUAUCUUCUUAUUCAUGAGACCUGUGGCUACUUACCCCAUAGACAAGGCAAUGGCUGUUUCCUUUAACAUUGUUUCACCCAUGUUAAAUCCUGUGGUCUACACCCUGAGGAAUGCAGAGGUGAAAAAUGCCAUGAAGAAACUUUGGAUGAAAAAAACAAAUACUAGUUGA